AUGGCAAACAUCACCACUGAGGUGCUCAUCGUUGGGACUGGGCCGGGAGGAGCGUCUCUGGCAGCGUUUUUGUCGGAGUACGAUAUUCCGACCACAAUCAUCGAGAAACAACCGUUCACCACUCCGGAGCCCCGAGCUCAUGUCACAAACAUGGGAGCGAUGGAGUGCAUCAGAGACAUGGGACUCGAAACCGCCGUCAAGGAGCAAGGUGCCCACUAUUCCGCCAUGCCAUUACGAAGGUAUUGCCACACGAUCACGGGCCAAGAAUACUUUCGCAACUACAUUUCAAACCAAGUCCUCAGUAUGAAAGGAGAGUACGAAAGCGCCAGCCCCUGCACACAUGUGGAUAUUCCUCAAAACCUGCUGGAGCCGAUCCUGAUCAAGAAGGCCUGCCAAAGCGACGUCAAGGUUCGCUGGAACACGGAAUUUAUCUCGUACGAGGAGAAUGCCUCUGGCAUCCUUUCCACCUGCCGGGACCUGGAGACUGGACUGAGACUCUACAUUCAAUCUCGUUUCCUCUGUGGAGCCGAUGGUGGACGAUCAACCCUGGUGAAGCAGAUUGGCGCCAAAUUGGCGGGCCCACGCGAAGUGCCUGACACUUGCUACAGUAUCUCUUUCAAGGCGAACAUGGAACACAUUUUCGCCCGUUGCCCCGUGUUCAUGCACUUUAUUGUCCAACCUGACAAAGAGUUCAAUCCUAACUGCAUGGUGGCAAGUUUGAGAGUCAUUCGACCUUUCAGUCAAUUCCAGCUGAUCGCGAUUCCCACUCCCGGUGCUCCGCCGCUGAAGAAGCUCGACGAUGUGAACUGGGUGGAGGUGAUCUCCAGAUUGAUUGGCGAUCCCAGUGUUAAAAUAGACAUCUUCACCAAGACAAAGUGGCGUGUCAAUGAAGUCGUCGCAGACUUUUAUUCCAAAGGAAACGUAUUUUGUCUAGGGGACGCGGUCCACCGGCACCCUCCCGCAAAUGGGCUGGGGUCAAACACCUCGAUCCAGGAUGCGUACAAUCUCGCGUGGAAGAUUGCAUACGUCAGCAAAGGGAUUGCUUCUCACGAACUGCUGGCAACGUACAAUGCGGAACGUCAGCCUGUCGGUGCACAAGUGGUGAAACGAGCAAACGAUUCGUGGCGAAUUGACCAGGAAGUGUUUGAAGCUAUGGGAAUGCUCGAGCCGACCGUCGAGAAACGGGCUGAAAUCCUAGCAGAGAUGGAAUCAGACAGUAAAAGGGGGAGAGCUCUAAGGGGGAAACUAGACAAAGCAUUCCACAACACGGCCUGGCAAUUCCAGACGUGCGGGGCUGAGAUGAACCAGUUUUACCGCAGCAGGGCCAUCUAUAUUGACGAUGAGCCAGCAGGCGCCAGAGAGCCGAAGCACCCUGUCGACAGAGAUCUGUAUUAUGCGCGAGGGACGAUCCCUGGUAUGCGGCUCCCUCACGCUUGGUUGGCUACUAAGUCUUUAGAUCAUGAUCUGUCGACCCAAGAUCUGGCUGGCCAUGGUUGUUUCGCCCUGUUUACGGGAAUCGGAGGUAAAAGCGUCUGGACCAAGGCUGCAACAGAUGCCUCAGAGAAAUUUCCCGGUCUCAAAAUCAGGGUGUUCGGCAUUGGAUGGGGGCAAGACUAUCUGGACGCAAUGCAUACCUGGCGGGACGUGCGAGGGGUGGAGGAAGAUGGUGCUGUUUUGGUCCGACCAGAUCGGUUUGUUUGCUGGAGAACAUCAAAGAGUAUGAACGUCCAAGCUGCCGCCGAGAAGCUUGAGCGAGUCAUAAAAGCUGUUUUGUGCUGGUGA